GAGGCCCCGCGAGGCUGCAGUCCCCGCAGGUGCUGGCUGUGCGCUGGCACGGCUGUUCCUGCAGCUCUGGCUGCUCCUGCCCGCUCCUUCCCUCCGCUCAAAGGCCAGGCUUGCAGAGCCCAGCCAGGUAAUAGCUGCGGGAGAAGCUGGUUCUGAGGCUAGAAUCAACCCAAACCCGGUAGUAUUCUCGUCAUGAAGGGUAAUUCAGGCUUGACAUUCCUGCUCUCUUAAGCCUAAACAUGACAAAAUGCUCUACUGCAAAUGUUCCAGUCUACUUAGAAGGGUUUCAUCUGUUUGAAAUUAGUGGUAUCCAAUUUUAGCUUUUAUUGAAAUGACUAAUUUCUUAAUGUAUGAAUGAGCCUCCCUGUGGGUUUUCCUGUAUUUAUUUAAUGAUGCUUACAAAUUGUUCAUUAGCUUGUGUAUCUAGCUUAAAACUACAUGAAAGCAGCAAUUAGAAGUUUAAUUAACUUUAGUAUUUUGGGUGAAAUUUGCAGCAAGCGUUCCUUUGGUAGCUGUGUGCACAAUAUGGUAUGCCAAAGCUUUUUUUUGUUUUCUUUCUCCAGAUGUGUUGUUUUGAAGAACAGUUUUUGAUGGUGACCAUAAGCAACAUAACUUUUAUCUUUCAAAAUGCAUGAAGUUAAAUCUGAGUGUAAUUAGUACUGAAUCCUAUUGAUGAGGCUGUUAACAUAUUUUAAGGAAAUUGAUCUCAAGUCAGUAGGAUUUCCAUAAAGCUGAGUUAAAAACAUAUUCCCUGCAUGUGUUUUGAAAUUUGUUUUAAUCUUUCAAACGAGUUAAUGUACAGUCAUUUGAAAACACGUUGGUAUUGCAGAGCUGUGGCCCCAGCAGCUGCUGUGCCUGUGUGUGGUGGAGCUGUGCAGGGCUUCAGGCUGGAGCAGAGCAGUUACCGUGUUCCUGCCUGGCUGUCAGGGAUUAGCUACCAGGUGUGCAUUGUCUUUUGCAUCUCAGUGGGUUGUCCUGCCCGUUUUUAAUCAACUUUACCAUUAUAAAACACUGCCUGUGGGCUUGCGGAGUCCAAAAGCCAUUUCCUUCUUGAUUAAAUCUAAGGAAAGUCUCUUACAGUGUAGAGCACUGGAGAAACUCAUACUUUUCUUCUGAAGAUUGUAACAGUAAAGAAAUCUCAGUGCUCUUGAGUUUGCUUUUUUUUGGGCUUCCUUUUGACUUAGGAAAUCAUUCUAAUAGCAAGGAUAUCUUAGGACACUCGGGGAAACCACCUUGCUCUCCACAGCACCCUGAGAGGAAAGUGCUGCCGGGUGGGGGUCGGGCUCUGCUUCCAGGGAACAAGGGGCAGGACAAGGGGAAAGGGCCUCAGGUUGUGCCAGGGGAGGUUUAGGUUGGAUAUUAGGGAAAAUGUCUUCCCAAAAGGGCUGCCCAGCCCUGGCUCGGCUGCCCAGGGCAGCGGUGGAGUCCCAUCCCUGGAGGGAUUUAAAAGCCAUUAGAUGUAGCACUUGGGAUAUGGAUUUGGGCUGAUCUUGGAGGGCUUUUCCAACCUCAUAGCUUCCUAUGAUCCUAAUAGUUCAGAAAUUUGUGGAAUUACAGUCACAAUGACACAAAGCAACUAGAAUGUAGAGUGGAUUAGUAAGUGUGAGCACCCCCAGGUGAUGGUUACGUGUGGGCCAUUUCAUCUGCAGAGGUGCAGUGGAGCUGGGCACAACAAGAGGCUGGUAACUGUAGAUGUAGGUGGGGGUCUGUAACCUGCCUUAUAUUUUGCCCUGUAAAAUUACAAGUCUGAUGUGUACUGAUGGUGAACUGUAGAUACUGCAGAUUGGGAUUUUGUGAAUUUAGUAUCAGCUUGUAUGUGUGAAUGUUUGACAUUUAUUUCCUUCCAACUUCUUAACUGAAGUGUCUUAAUAAAUUUCAUACAAUAAUCCAAGUACUGGCUGAACUCAGACUGUGCAUAUCCCGUAAAGGUCCAGCUGAUGGGAUGCCUUGGCUACUGUAUUUUGCCUUCUAAAUCGUGAAGUGAAAAUUGUGGCUGUCUGGAAAUUGAAAAUAUAGGGUGCUUUUCAGUUCAAAUUGCAGAUGUUUUUCAUUGUCAGGGAGCUGUGCUUCUAAUGGCAUAGGAGUUAGUUAUGGGUUGCCCCUGGGUUUAUUGCUUUUACCUGCUCUUUUCUGAAAAGCCCUUUUUCUGGUUUGAUUUCAUGUGUCCAGGAUCCAUGAUGGAGCUGGGGAAGGCAGGCUCCAGGCUGCUGGUAGGAUUGUAAGUCACACUGUAUACUCCUUUUGUGAGCAAGGCUGCUUGAAACGUGGCUGAAUUCUUUAAUUCGUGUGUGUCCUGUCACUGUGAUUUGUGAUGGGAGGAGAGCACUCGUGGCUGUGGUUUUGCAGGGGACAAAGAUGGCAGAUGUUUACCCUGUACCUGUUCUUUUAACUCUGCUGUCACUUUUCUAACCCACUUUGAGUUAUGGUGUAUCUGGUUUUAACUGUUGGAAAAAUGGUGGUGAUAGCUGCAGCCCUGGAGCAAUCUCCUCCAGCACGUGUGCUGCCUUGGAACUGGGUUGGCUACCAGCCUGUCCUCCUUCUCGUACCAGUGGCUCCCCUGACGAGCAGAGACCAAUCCGUUGAAGGGAGAGCUAUCAUAAAUGAAUCAAACCAUCCAAAAAAGUAAUCUGGCUCCUGAAUGCCUCUGCAGCACGUGCAUGAGUGCCAGAGGGAGGGUGCUGUGUGCGUCCCGGCCAAGGGAGGCCCCCGAGGUGGAACAGGCCUGUGACCAAAUUGCCAGAGCCACUCGACUGCAGGGCAGCUGCUCAAGUAGGGGAGAGUUCCUACUCUGUUGUUGCUUUUUCCUUUUUCUAGCUGAUUUGCAGGGGAUGUUUUUCCAGUGUAGUGGAAAUGAAAUGUUAUUAACAGUGUGGGAAGGGAAGGAAAGCAGAAGCUCACGUGGCUCGUGCUUUCCCUGUGGAGUGUGCUCCCGUGAAAGCCGUGGGGUGCGGGGAGCAGCCGAGGGCAGGUGCUGAGAUGAGCGCAGGCACUGCUGGGUGCCGAGCCAGCUGUGUGUGCCUGCCCACCCGGGAAGGAGGCCUUGUCUGCAGCUGUGGCCAGUGUGGGAGCGAUGGAAGGCUGCUCGGCAGAAAUACGCGGGAGAAUCGACAGUUUCGUUUGUGAACCCGUGAUGCUGGUGCUCACAGCCGUGUUUGCAGCGGCCCCUGGGCUGCCCGCUGGGCACAGGGUGUCCGUGCAUCCUCCGCAGCGGGCCGGUGUGCGAUGCCGCCCGGCCGGGGCCCGGGGCUGCGCCCGGCAGCAGAGGGCACCCGCGGGCUUCCGCCGCCAGCCCUGCCUGGUGGCUUCCGACCAAACUGGGCUUUCACGUUUUUCACCAAAAUCACCGGGUCUUUACCCAUUUCUACAGGCUAUGGUCUUGGGAUGCGCAGGGUUUAUAUUUCAGGAGCUGUAAACGGAGAAAUGCUUUUUCGAGGUCAUCUUGCUACUUAAUGAGAGGACUUGGGUAAUAAUUCCUUACAGUUAUAAUGUCAUAGUGAAAAAUAAUUCUCAUCAGGUAGUUGCUUAAUGGAAAAAUUUGUACAAAUACAGAAACACAAAAUGUUUCUUGUUACUUGAAGAAAGGAAGCUUCUGCAUUCAGCUCCUCAGGUGUCCCACCUGCCUGCUAUCUGCUGUGAUCUCUGAGUUUACCUGAAUCUGGUAUCUUAUAAAAGAAAAAAGGGGCAUGUCAAUAAAAUCGUCUGAGGAAAAUCUUUUGGUCCUAAGUAUUUAAGGCAGAACUACUGUGCUGAGCUUUUCUCUUCCAAAACCAGGUGUCAUGGAGUUCUCUCUCUCCUUCCCCACCCCCGCUGGAUUUCGGAACUUGCUAAGAUAUUUUGGGAGUGUGAAAUAGCAUAGGAAGAUCUAUGCAUACAUCAGCCCCUCAGCUCCAGGGGCUGAUGUAUGCAUAUUCUGUUAGAGCAUUCAUUUAACCUUUGGAAAAAAAAAUGGCCUCAGGGAGGAAAAAACCCCAUGUUUACACUUCCAUCUGUUUUGGAAGAUUAAAAUAUUCUUUAUGCUCUGGGAGACUUCCAAGAGAGCAGGAAGACAACAGGAAUCCAUCUCGUUACUCUUUAUUAGAACAUGGCACGGUAGAGGAAGGUGGAGACACUGGAGGUGGGGUUUGAGGUAUAAUUUUUAACUCCUUUUUUCACCCAGAGGCACUUCUCGCAGCUAUCUAUGAUGUGAGUCAUUAUCUCUAGCAGCUCUUUGGUAAAGCCUUGCUACAUUUCUUGUAGAGUCAGAAAUGUGAGCCUUUCUCUGCAAGAUAAAACACUGGAAGGGAAACGGGAGGUCUGUGAAAUGACUCUGGGAUUUGGUAUGGAGGAAUGAGAUUUUGGGAUGCUUAGGCACAAUGGAUUGCAAGUUUGGCUUUGCGCUGAAGUGACCCGUAUGUGAAGCUUUCCUUGUAUGUAGCAGAUGAGAACAGAGAACUUGCUCUUGUGCAGACAAAAACUAUCAAAAAGACACUGAACCCUAAAUGGAAUGAAGAGUUUUACUUCAGAGUAAAUCCAACCAACCAUCGGCUCCUGUUCGAGGUGUUUGAUGAAAACAGACUGACCAGAGACGACUUCCUGGGCCAGGUGGAUGUGCCGCUCAGUCACCUCCCGACUGAAGACCCAACCAUGGAGAGGCCGUACACAUUUAAGGAUUUCCUCCUCAGACCAAGAAGCCACAAAUCUCGCGUGAAGGGUUUCUUGAGACUGAAGAUGGCGUAUAUGCCCAAAAAUGGUGGCCAAGAGGAAGAAAAUGGUGAUCAGAGGGAUGACUCUGAGCACGGCUGGGACGUGGUGGAUUCCAGCGAUGCCGCGUCUCAGCGUCAGGAGGAGCUGCCGCCUCCUCCGCUGCCCCCCGGCUGGGAAGAGAAGGUGGACAACCUGGGGCGCACCUACUACGUGAACCACAACAACAGGAGCACCCAGUGGCACCGGCCCAGCCUCGUCGACGUGGGAUCCGAGUCAGAUAACAAUAUCAGACAGAUAAACCAAGAGGCAGCUCACAGGCGGUUCCGCUCUCGGCGCCACAUCAGUGAGGAUUUGGAGCCAGAGCCUGUGGAGAGCGGAGACAUUCCUGAGCCUUGGGAAACCAUUUCAGAGGAGGCAAGUGCCAGUGGGGAUUCCUUAAGCUUGUCACUGCCACCUCCUCCUGCAUCUCCGGUGUCCCGGACCAGUCCUCAGGAGCUGUCUGAGGAGCUGAGCAGAAGGCUCCAGGUGACUCCUGAUUCCAAUGGGGAACAGCUCGGCUCUUUGAUUCAAAGAGAACCUUCUUCACGACUGAGGUCCUGCAGUGUGACAGACACAGUCGCUGAGCAGUCCCAGUUAUCCCUGCAGAAUGGUCCCUCUAGGAGAGCUCGUUCUUCAACAGUCACAGGGGGAGAGGAGCCAACGCCUUCUGUGGCUUACGUGCACACCACACCGGGCUUACCUUCGGGCUGGGAGGAGCGCAAGGACGCCAAGGGCCGGACCUACUACGUGAACCACAACAACCGCACCACCACGUGGACACGGCCCAUCAUGCAGCUCGCCGAGGACGGGCUGGUGGGGCCGGGCACGAGCAGCAGCAACCACCUGAGCGAGCCGCAGAUCCGGCGGCCCCGCAGCCUGAGCUCGCCCACCGUCACCCUGUCAGCGCCGCUCGAGGGCAUGAAGGACUCUCCGGUGCGCAGGGCGGUGAAGGACACCCUGUCCAACCCUCAGUCCCCACAGCCAUCCCCCUACAACUCCCCCAAGCCCCAGCACAAGGGGGCCCAGAGCUUCCUGCCCCCGGGCUGGGAGAUGCGCAUCGCCCCGAACGGCCGCCCCUUCUUCAUCGACCACAACACCAAGACCACCACCUGGGAGGAUCCACGGCUGAAGUUUCCAGUGCAUUUGAGAUCCAAAGCAUCUCUGAACCCCAAUGAUUUGGGCCCUCUUCCUCCUGGCUGGGAGGAAAGAAUACACCUGGAUGGAAGAACAUUUUAUAUAGACCAUAGAAGCCAGGUGUUGAUAUGUGGAGACAUUGAUACCAGAGACUUAGUGCCCUCCUACGAUAAUAAAAUUACCCAGUGGGAAGACCCCAGGCUGCAGAACCCAGCCAUCACGGGCCCAGCGGUGCCGUACUCCAGGGAGUUCAAGCAGAAGUACGACUACUUCCGCAAGAAGUUAAAGAAACCUGCUGACAUACCCAACAGAUUUGAGAUGAAAUUACACAGAAACAACAUUUUUGAGGAGUCCUACAGAAGAAUCAUGUCUGUGAAGAGACCUGAUGUACUAAAAGCCAGGCUCUGGAUUGAAUUUGAGUCAGAAAAAGGACUUGACUAUGGAGGUGUGGCCAGAGAAUGGUUUUUUCUCUUGUCCAAGGAGAUGUUUAACCCUUACUAUGGUCUCUUUGAAUACUCAGCAACGGACAACUAUACACUUCAGAUUAAUCCUAAUUCAGGUCUUUGUAACGAAGAUCAUCUGUCAUACUUCACGUUCAUUGGCCGGGUGGCCGGCCUGGCCGUGUACCACGGGAAGCUGCUGGAUGGCUUCUUCAUCAGACCUUUCUACAAGAUGAUGCUGGGGAAGCCCAUAACGCUGAAGGACAUGGAAUCAGUGGAUAGCGAAUACUACAACUCUCUGAAGUGGAUCCUGGAAAACGACCCUACAGAGCUGGAUCUCAUGUUUUGCAUAGACGAGGAAAACUUUGGACAGACAUAUCAAGUGGACCUGAAGCCCAACGGGUCCGAAAUCAUGGUAACCAAUGAAAACAAGCGGGAAUACAUUGACCUGGUCAUCCAGUGGCGGUUUGUCAACAGAGUGCAGAAACAAAUGAAUGCCUUUCUGGAGGGAUUCACAGAACUGCUUCCUAUUGAUCUGAUUAAAAUUUUUGAUGAAAAUGAACUGGAGUUGCUGAUGUGUGGCCUUGGUGAUGUCGAUGUCAAUGACUGGAGACAACACACCAUCUACAAAAACGGUUACUGCCCAAAUCAUCCCGUUAUCCAGUGGUUCUGGAAGGCUGUUCUGCUGAUGGAUGCUGAGAAACGGAUCCGGCUGCUGCAGUUUGUGACCGGGACGUCACGAGUGCCUAUGAACGGAUUUGCUGAACUUUAUGGUUCAAAUGGUCCUCAGCUGUUUACAAUAGAGCAGUGGGGAAGUCCUGAUAAGCUGCCCCGGGCUCACACCUGCUUUAACCGCCUGGACUUACCUCUGUAUGAAUCUUUCGAGGACCUGCGGGAGAAGCUCCUCAUGGCCGUGGAGAACGCCCAAGGGUUUGAAGGGGUGGAUUAACUUUGCAGCACCCGUUCCCUCUCCAAGCACGUUCUGCUGGCUUGGGCACCUGCCCGAGGGCCUCCGAGGGCUUGUGGCACAGCAGCUGCCCGGCCGGGCUCUGGAGCGAGCCCCGGCAGGGCGGGGCCGAGCCCCGAGGCUGGGACUGUCACCAGGGGUGGCCCUGCUGAUGUUCCCGCACCACUUGCGAACUGAUCACAUUUCAGCAGGACUUACUCUAUUUAUGUUGUGCCUCUGUAGGCAAAGCCCUUAAUAAAUAUUUUACACAAUUUCUAAUGGCAAUGAACGGAAUUAAUCAUUUUACAGGUAUAGUAUUACAACUCAUGUUUACUUCUUAAUUGAUUUAAACAUUUUCAGAUUUUAUUUCAUUACAAUUAAAUAUCAUAUACUUGGAAAAAUGAGCAUUUUUCUUAAUUUUAUACCAGACCUUUUUUUUCAAAGCACAUUGAGCCUUGUGUUCCUAAACCAGGAGAGCAGGAGAAAGCUCUGUUGGAAGCUUUCUCUCCAUGGGCUGUCUCUCAAAAGCAACUCUCUUCAUUAAGCACAUCACUGUUGUUCUGUAUCCAGAAGUAUGGGCUGGAUGUUGCAUUUUUGUAUAAGUUCUAGAAGAGUGUCAAGGCACAGCAGAGCCCUGACACAGCAUGUCCAGAUCUCUGUUCUACUGAAACUGCCUCGUUACUGCCAAGCUGUACAUGUGCUACAAAGCAUCUGGGCUGGGGCUGGCGUUUAGCCUCUAGGAGAACAUGCUAAACCCUGCCAUUCCCUCUGUACAGUGAUUCGUUUUCCAUCCUUUCCGCAUUCCUGUUUGCAAUGGAGGCAUUCCAAUUGAAAUCUGGCACUCUGGAACACAGCUCUGUUCUGGCUCCUGUUUGUGUGCACUUGCUAAUGAACCUAAUUAACACUGGGGUUGUUCAUUUCUAACAGCACCGACUCUGAAGGCACUUUCUGUACCGCUGGGAAGGCAGACCUGGUUUGAGCAUAUAGUUGAUGGGAUUUUACUCCUUCCCACUACACAUGUCCUUCUAUGGUCAAUUUGGCUGCUGCUGUGUAAGAAAAAACCCCACCAGCUCAAGACCGGAGCCUGCAGACAUGUUCCUCAGUAAUUGUUUCUGUGAUUUCUUUUUUACUUACAAAGAUUUAUUUAAUAUACACUAUUAUCUAAUCCAUUUUGUAACCUAUGACAUGUUGCAUGCCUAAUCUAUAAUGUCUGAGUUGCAUCUGUUUUCUGGCAGAUUAAAGGUGACAGAUUUGUGCUUGCCCCAGUGCAGUGACAUGGUGACAGCACUGCUGGAGCAGGGCUGGUUCCACUGACCUGCAGCUCUGCCCCAGCCUGCUCCCCAGCACCCAAGCAAGAUGACACCACUUGCCAAAACAAACUUCCACCUCAGCGCCAACAGUUUUUGAGCCCUAGCCUUACCUGCGUGUCCAGCCUGCGGAGCCACGCUGCGGAGCCUGGGAUACAGGAGCACCCACCUGGGAAGAAGCCUCACUGCCAAUAGCAUUCAGCAGUUAUGGUCCCAGUCCUGAGGAAGCUUAGGGCAGUACUUGAAUGCAGUUCAAGAUUCCUUCUCUAUUAAAUAUGCUUCCUGACA